GCGGCGGGCACUACCGGCGGGCGCUCCCGGCUGCGUUGGCGCACGGCGGCGGCGGCGGCGGCUCGUCCCCGGGCAGCGCAGAGGGACCCCCCCGAGCCGGGCCAGGCGCCUGCCCUGCUGCAGCGUCGUCCCCGGGACGGCUGGCGUGUCCCAGCGUCAUGGGGAAGCAGAACAGCAAACUGCGCCCCGAGAUGCUCCAGGACCUGCGGGAAAACACCGAGUUCUCCGACCUGGAGCUGCAGGGCUGGUACAAGGGCUUCCUGAAGGACUGUCCCUCCGGCAUCCUCAACGUGGAGGAGUUCAAGAAGAUCUACGCCAACUUCUUCCCCUAUGGCGACGCCUCCAAGUUCGCCGAGCAUGUCUUCCGCACCUUCGACACCAACGGCGAUGGCACCAUCGACUUCCGAGAGUUCAUCAUCGCCCUGAGCGUCACCUCCCGCGGGAAGCUGGAGCAGAAGCUCAUGUGGGCCUUCAGCAUGUACGACCUGGACGGCAACGGCUACAUCAGCCGGGAGGAGAUGCUGGAGAUCGUGCAGGCCAUCUACAAAAUGGUCUCCUCUGUGAUGAACAUGCCUGAAGAUGAAUCGACUCCGGAGAAAAGAACGGAAAAAAUCUUCCGACAGAUGGAUACUAAUAACGACGGCAAGCUCUCGCUGGAGGAGUUCAUCAAAGGUGCCAAGAGCGACCCGUCCAUCGUGCGCCUGCUGCAGUGCGACCCCAGCGGCGCCGUGCAGCUCUGAGCCCCACAGACCCCCACAGUGCCCCACGGCCCCCCACCAUUGCCCCACCCUGCAGUCGGCCACCACCGCUGUCCCCUGCCCCGCGGCCCCCGCCACCGAGCCCCCCACGGCCCCCCAUGGGGAAAGAGCUGGAGCCCGGCUGAGGCUGGGGCAAGGGGGAGCCGAGGGGGGACAGUGCCCAUUGCCGGGGGGGCUCCUGCCCUGGCUCGACCGGCGGAAGGAUGGAGGCAGGGUCUGCCCCGAGCGAGGACGGUCCCCCCUCAGCGUCGGGGACUCGGAGCAGGGGGACAGCCCAGCCCGGUGGGAAAGGCUGGUGGUGAAGCCACCGCUGCAUCUCCGGUGGGCGCAGGGGACAAAGACCCGGGGGCUCAGGGGCCCCCCAGCACCCCCCACGCAUGCACACACUGCCACGGCCGCGGGGCCGGGCCAGCCCCUUCCCCACAGCCCCACGGCCGGCACACGGGUGGGGGCCGCGGGGAGGGGACACGCUUCUGGUCUUUUA